AUGUCUUCGUUCGAAAAACCUCAAAUCAUUCCUCACUUGGAGGUCGAUGUGGACUUCACCCUCUUCAAUUGUCUGUGGAUUCCAAGCUCGACCAGAUUUGUGGCAUUGGGAUCCAAAGUAUCAGGGGAAGGUAUUCUACAAGUGUAUUCCAUGAGUCAAGGGAAACUGGACCGCCUAUCCACCGCCACCUUCGCCAAAGCCUUGAAAUGUGGCUGCUUCGGGGCCAGCGCUCUGGAAGAUCGAUUUCUCGCCACGGGUGAUUUUGGUGGCCAUCUUCAAUUGAUUGACCUGGAGCAACCCGACAAGCCAGUGCUCACCAUGCGUGCCCAUGAAGAUCUAGUCAAUACCAUCGAUGGCAUUGGUGGACUUGGCAUUGGUCAAGGAGCCCCAGAAAUUGCUACAGGCUCCAGAGAUGGAUCAGCCAAGGUCUGGGACACACGAGUCCCAGAUCGACCAGUAGCUUCCAUUGUGGCCAAUCAAUAUGAGGUGAAGCGAGACUGCUGGAGUGUGGCCUUUGGCAAUGCCCAUUCGAACUCGGAUCGGAUUCUGGCCAGCGGCUACGACAAUGGCGACAUCAAAUUAUUCGAUCUCCGAAAGAUGAGCAUCCUAUGGGAGACCCAAGUGCCUAAUGGCGUGUGCUCCCUUGAGUUUGAUCGCAAAGAUAUCCAGAUGAACAAAUUGAUGGCAUGCGGGUUGGGGGGGAGGGUUCACCUCUGGGACCUGGCUACAUUCAAUAAAAAAUCCGGUUUUGCCGAGUGCGAUCAAAAGCUGGACAAAGCCACCUUAUGGCAAGUGUCUCAUCUACCUCAAAAUCGAGAUGUCGCUAUGGUUUGCGCCGGGAAUGGCUCCUUACAUCUCUUGAACUACCACUACCCGGAGAAACGCUCGAACGAAACCAAGGACGAUGGCAUGAUUGGAGUGAUUGGACGCCUUGAAACACUCCAAGACUUUCAGCUCAGUGAGCAACCCGUGUGCAGUUUCAAUUGGUCGCCGGAUAAGAUUGGAUUGGGAUUGUGUGCCGCGUUCGAUCAGAAGAUUCGCACUGUUCUUUCAAUCAUUAUGAAUUCGGCCAGUCGUGUGGGGGCGAUCUUUAGCCAAGCCGGCGAGUCGUAUAGCAAAUUAGGCGAUAUGGUAAUGCAAUUGCAUCCAGUGGCCAAGGACCUGCCCCCUACCUUGGACCAGUCCAAUGGGAUUGGGAAGCCAGCGCAAGUACGUUAA